CCAGACCCGAGGUGCCAUUGCCAUCAUCAUCUUCGCUAGCCCUUCGGAAUGAGACUCGUGGUCAGAGGGACAGGUAGAGCCUGGGCAAACUGGAGGCGAGGCCAUCGUCUCGAUGCCAUACCAGCAUUGCCUUCUCUCCUUCACACAGCUGGCGGGAGUCCCGUUGCUCUAGCCGCGCCUUGGCUCCCUCACAACCUUCCUGCCGCUCUGUACAAGCAGACGCCCAUUUCCCGCUUCAGGUCUUAUGCUACCCUAAGCAGUCGCUCCCAGGAAGCAGAUGUGGUAUACACACACCCCGAUCCGGUGACCAGCAAAGGGAAGGCGAAAGCAAAGGACACCGAAGACGCAGAAGGAUUGCAUGGUCAGACGGCUGCUGAAAUAGCAGCGAAGUUCGAGGCUCUCGGACUCUCCACUGGACUCUCGCAUCAGCUCAUCGAGACAUAUCCGUUCAUCACAAGCCCAACAGCCGCUCAGUCAAGGAUGAUCCCAGCCGUACUAGCUCGGAAUGACGUGCUCCUUCGAGCUCACACUGGCUCUGGCAAGUCUUUUGGCCUUCUGCUCGCACUCAUGGCAAAGCCUCGAGUCACCUUCAGCAAGGAGACGGAAACCAGAUCCACCACUGGUACUGCCAGUCUGAUCGUUGUGCCUACCAAUGAGCUCGCCCAGCAGUACCUCGCUUGGGCCAAGAUGCUACUACCAAGCACUAGCGCAACUUCUCUCGACUCAGUGAUACAAGUCGUCGUGAGAGGCGAUCAGCAACUGACUCCCGACCAGCAAGUUAACAAGCUCAUCGACCGCCCGCCUCACAUCCUCAUCGCUACUCCUCGGCGGGCGCUAGAGAUCCUCUCCCAACCGCAAGGCUCGAACAUCCUGGGUCUGCAGACCUUGCAGACUUUGGUCCUGGAUGAAGCUGACUCCUUGCUGGAUCUACCCGGACGGUUUCCUUCGGCCAAGAUGGUGUGGAACAACAUGGUCCACCCUCCGCCAGGCCUGACCUUCCUCAACGAAGUCAUGAAGAUCCGCGGUACCUUCUCAGGAGGCCAAGUGGUCCCCUCUGCCGGUCUUGAGCCAUCUGCUGGAAAGAGGGGUGACGAGAUUCGACCUCCGGAGAGGUAUCGCCGGACGCAACAUCUGGCCAAUGAGCGACUUCAUGCAAAGGGGCAAGGCUGGCUGACUCCGCCCAAGAUCUUGAAGCGCUACGAGAGGCCGCUCCAAGUUGUCGCCUGCUCGGCAACAACGAACGCUGUACUGCGACACUUCUUGGGCGCCAAGACGGGCUGGGUACGUAUUGGCAUCAAGGAGCAGGAGCAGGAUGAGCUCACCUUUGGGCGACGGCCAAGUAGGGGCAGAGAUCAAGGCGUCACGGGCCGGUGGAUCGAUCUCACGGGUAUGUCAGGCAUGACAGGGCUGCGCUCGAAAGCGGACCAGGUGGAUAUUGACUCUUCUGCGUCGGCUGGUAAAGCGAUGCCUGUCGAGCUGAAUCACGUCUGCGUCAUAGUGGAUGAAGGGCUGCCACCCACACGGACACAACAGGGCCCAGACGGUCUGGGUCUGCUGCCCGCGAUGAGAAACCUGUCCCAAAAGCGGAUCAGACGCUCGCUGCAACCACCUUCCGAAACUUCGAAAGCUGGACGGCGAGACGAGCAGGAAGAGGCGGGCGAGAGGGAGGAAGUUGCAGCUCGAGCUCAUGAGCUGCAGGAGCAGAACAUCGUCAGAUCCUUCCAGCUGCCUCCAUCUGAAGUGGACACGACGAUGCUCGAGUCUCUAGCGUACACGUUCGCACUCGAGGGUGUGACCAAAGCACUGGUCUUCAUUCCUCCUCAGUGGUCACUCCGGUCUACAGUCACUCACCUCAAUCAGCUCGGUAUGCCCGUCGUGCCCCUCGCGGAACUGCAAAAGUCAGCACCAUCUGCAGAGGAAGCCGAGGCCAGUCCGAGAGUCUCCGUCAUCCAAUCCACUUCUGGUCGAGGACUAGACAUCCCUCACCUCAGCCAUGUCUUUAUCCUCGGUAUGGAGGCGGUACGCGACCCGGUUCAGUACGCCCACCUCGCCGGCCGCACCUCGCGGAUCGGGCGGGAUAGCAAGCUCAAUCAGGAGCGUAAAGCAGGCACGGUCAUUACCCUUGUGCGGGGGCUCACAUUGGAGGAUGCUAGACGCAACGAGGAGAUUGCUCUCCGGCACAGGAAUCAGGCGAUGGGCAAGGCUAACACCACGGCACAGACUCUCGAUGCAGAAGGGACGGUAAUCUCCCCUUCGCCUUCCUCAUCAUCAUCCUCGAAGCGACGGAUAGGGCGGGCUGGAGGAGAGCAGACGGCUCCAAAGCGGCUGCUAAUCAGCUCGGGAGAGAAGAAGAUGUCGACCAUCUAUGCUCGAUUGGGUGUAAGGCCGGGCAGGGUUGAGCUAAAGGGGAUGAAUGAGGUGGAUGAAGCAGAGGCAGAGGAUGUGGAUGUGGAUGUGGAAGAAGUAGAGGGUGGUGGGCAAAUGGAGAAAGGGAGCGUACUCUAGACUAGUACGAGAGGAAGCGGAAGUGACGAGAGGCAGUAGAUGAGAUGAGGUCCGUCCAUUGCUUUAAAUGCUGCAUGCAUGUAUUCUGUACUAUUACACAAAUCAGAUCCACCACCACCACCACCACUACUACUAUAUCAAUUGCGCCUCUCUAC